AUGGGGCGACGUUGCCGCUGGACGUGGCGAGAGUUCGUGCGGGAGGCGUUGACACAGGCCGACGAAAGGGUCUUGGACAAGCCGCCUUUUGUGCAGGUGGCACCUUGGUUGGAAGAGCCGCCGGCCGUCCUGUAUCAGACGUACAAGCAAGACCAUGCACCAGCCCGCGAGAUGUGCGAGCGCCACAUCGGCCGGCUCCGACGCAUCUACGUGGACGAUGAGCAGUGCGUGGCCGAUGUGGUCGCUUUGGGCGGCGCGUGGCUGAAAGAAAAGUACGAGAGCUAUCAACGAGGGAGCCACCGCUGUGAUAUGUGGAGGUACAUCAGACUCCGUCAAAACGGAGGGAACUACUUGGACAUCAAGAUGGCUUUGGCGCGGCCGUGGGCAGAGACAUUGCAAGCAAUUCUCGCGGCGGGCGAUCAGACGGCCGAGGGUCGGAGCGCUGCGCCGCUCAGUUUGGCAACGACGCCGUACUUGGUGAUGAGCAUCGGGGCAAACAAGCGGCACAUCUACCAGGGCAACAUCUGGCACGCAAGCAAGUCGCAUCCGCUCUUGACACAUGCAGUGCAAAAGGUGCUUACAACGAGCCAGGCCUCGCUACGAAGCCGAUACCUUUUGUUUUGCGAGCAGUUGUGGGAGGCUCUCGCGCAAUCCUUGCAGCAGGGCAUACAACCAGGGUGGAACUUCUCGGAGCGUUGGGGUCCGAUCUAUCUCUUUGAAGAAGUGCUCCAGAAGGGCUAUACCGGCCCAAAGGGGCAGCUGUGGACGGACAGCUGUCACGUCAGCAUGCCGGUCGACGGCCAUUUCAUGCAUCUGGCGGGUGGAAGAGAAGUGUACGCUGCAACGCGAGCAUGGCAUUGGCAGCACGGUUUCAAGGAAGUUGUCCUGGCAGUGGCCGACGCGAAGCAGGCGUUUGCGAACGCGGCGACGGAGGCGGGGCAGGAGGCCGCGGCAGCCGAGGCAGCGUCGACGGCAGAGCCCAUGGACACGGCGGAAGCCACGGCAGCCGAAGACCAGGCGUUGGAAGAGCAACUGGAAGAGGACUUGACGGAAGAAGGCCUGACCGAGAUUUUGGGCAUCGCCAGAACCACGUACUACGAGGCGUUGACCGAAGCGGAAGUGCGCACUUUCGUUGGCUUGGGGUUGUGCCUCUCCAAGCGGCGCCCAGAAGGGUGGCUGAGCUGUCGGUAUUGCAAAACGACCCGGCGACGCACCUAUUGCUUCCAAGGAGCUGACCAAGUGCGGGAGCACUUCGUGAACCAUGCCGCAGGUGGACUGGGCCGUCGAACGGAAGCAACGCCGGCGGUGGGGGUCGAGGCGGCGGCCGUGGCGGACGAGGUGGCGGGCGUGUGGGCAGGCGCGCCGCCGGCUUGGGCCCGGGGAGAUGCAGCGGCGCGUCUGACUGCCGCGCGCGCGGCGCUCCCGCGGCCGACGGCAGCCGAGUUGCUGACAACGGCAUUCCUGCAGGAUGGAGGCAGGAUCCGGGAGUUGUAG